ACCGCGGAAGCGGCGGCGGGGAGAGGCGGUGCCGGGCCGGAGAGCCUCCGGGCCAGAGCGCCUCCCGGCGGCGGGGCCUCCCUCCUCGCCAUGAACAUCGACGUGGAGUUCCACAUCCGCCACAACUACCCCUGGGGCCGGCUGCCCGCCAGCGUCAAGCAGGGUCUUGGGAACUCUCAGAAGGAAUAUGAAAGGCAAGUUGUACUUUAUAGCAUCCGCAAUCAGUUACGAUACCGGAAUAACUUAGUUAAGCAUGUCAAGAAAGAUGAACGUAAAUAUUAUGAGGAUCUGUUAAAAUACAGUCGAGAUCAUCUCAUGUUGUACCCUUAUCAUUUGUCUGACAUCAUGGUAAAAGGUCUGAGGGUAACACCGUUUUCCUAUUACACGGGCAUAAUGGAGGAUAUAAUGAACAGCGAAAAAAGCUAUGAUUCAUUACCCAACUUCACUGCUGCUGACUGUCUAAGACUUCUUGGUAUAGGAAGAAACCAGUAUAUAGAUCUAAUGAACCAAUGUAGGUCUUCAAAAAAAUUUUUCAGAAGGAAAACUGCCCAUGAUCUCUUACCUGUGAAACCUGUGGAGAUCGCUAUAGAAGCAUGGUGGGUCGUACAGUCUGGCUACAUCACUGAGGAUGACAUCAAGAUUUGUACUACAUCGGAGAAGUCUGCUAUUGAUAAGAUAAUUGAUUCAGGUCCUCAGCUUGCUGGUUCAUUAGACUUUAAUGUCGUUCACAGUUUGUAUAACAAAGGAUUUAUUUACCUUGAUGUACCAAUAUCUGAUGACAGCUGUAUAGCAGUGCCACCACUUGAAGGCUUUGUAAUGAACAGAGUGCAAGGUGAUUACUUUGAAACACUCCUGUACAAGAUAUUUGUUUCAAUAGAUGAACACACUAAUGUGGCAGAGCUUGCAAACGUCCUAGAGAUUGACUUAUCUUUGGUAAAGAAUGCUGUGUCCAUGUAUUGUCGGUUAGGCUUUGCUCAUAAAAAAGGCCAAGUAAUAAACCUGGAUAAUCUUCAUCCAUCAUGGAAGAAUGUUCCUUCAGUAAACAGACUGAAGAGUACUUUGGACCCUCAAAAGAUGCUGCUUUCAUGGGACAGUGGGGAAAACAGAAGUCCUGUUCAGGAAGCUGGGUCAUCAGCCACAGAUACAGAUACCAACAGUCAAGAUGAUCCAGCUGAAAUAGCCAGCGUGAGCAGCCUGAAUCUGUCUAGUGGACACACAAAGCGUAUUGCCUUCCUGUUUGAUUCUACUCUCACUGCCUUUUUAAUGAUGGGAAAUCUUUCACCAAACUUGAAAAGUCACGCAGUCACUAUGUUUGAAGUUGGGAAACUGUCAGAUGAGAGUCUUGACAGCUUCUUGGUGGAGCUGGAAAAGGUUCAAAGCACAGGUGAAGGAGAAGCACAGCGGUACUUUGAUCAUGCACUUACACUGAGAAACACAAUACUGUUUUUGCGGCAUAAUAAAGACUUAGGGGCGCAAGCUGUACAGCCUGAUCAACCAAGUAACGGGUUUCCGUUGGACCUCUUACGGUGUGAGAGUUUGCUUGGCUUGGAUCCAGCUACCUGCAGCAGAGUUCUCAACAAAAAUUAUACUCUACUGGUUUCUAUGGCACCACUCACCAAUGAAAUUCGACCUAUUAGCAGCUGUACACCACAGCAUAUUGGACCUGCGAUACCAGAAGUCAGUUCAGUUUGGUUCAAACUGUAUAUUUACCAUAUAACUGGCCAAGGACCACCCUCUCUGUUGCUCUCUAAAGGAACACGUCUUCGAAAGCUUCCAGACAUUUUUCAGGGUUAUGAUCGCUUACUAAUAACGUCUUGGGGUCACGACCCAGGAGUAGUUCCCACUUCAAAUGUACUCACAAUGUUGAAUGAUGCUUUAACACAUUCUGCUGUUCUAAUUCAGGGGCAUGGCAUGCAUGGAAUGGGAGAAACAAUGCACAUACCUUUCCCAUUUGAUGAAGCUGAGCAGCAGGGAGACUUUUCUCGUGUGAACAUGGGCAUUCAUACAGCUUUAAAAAUACUGAGAAACAAAGUAGACUUGCAGCAUUUUUGUGGCUAUGUCACUAUGUUGAAUCCUUCGAGUCGGCGUGCUAACAGGAAGCUGAGUGAUGCUUCUGAUGGAAGAGGAGAGGCUGAUCUGGCAUCAGAGUCUGAUGUAAAUGGGAGCACAGAAUCGUUUGAGAUGGUGAUAGAAGAAACCCCAAUGGAUCCUGCGGUCAAGCAAAGCCUUGAAGUACCUACAACAGAACAGGAGUGGGUUCCACUGGAAUUAUGCUUUGGCAUUCCCCUCUUCAGCUCUGAGUUGAAUCAGAAAGUCUGCAGAAAAAUUGCCACUCAUGGAUUAUGUGGAACAGAAAGCCUUCAAAAACUUUUACAUUCCAGUAGAAAGCUGUCUCUUCAGGUCCUUGAUUUUGUUCAUUCAUUCCAGGAAGGUAUUUCAACACUGGAUCAGCUCCAUGAUGCUGGUUCUUCAAGUUCACCUUUGCAGCCUAUUUCUGCAGAUAUGGGUGUUCCACUUCCUGCCAAGAACCUCAUGUUCAAAGAAGGUGUAAUAUCUGAAUGGAACGGAUGGUCCCCUUCCUCAGUUUUUUUCAACCCAGCUUAAGGAACAGGUCAAAUAGAGAUUGUCAUGUGUCGAUCGCUAAAUGCCUUUCUUCAAUUAUGGUUGAUUCUUAGUGCCAACCACUAAGAAGUGUACUGCUGCUGCAGCAUAACCCGUAUAAAAGUAGUGUUAAAAAAAGUGUUGUGUUGCAGUAUUGGGGAAAUGCUUAAACCAUCUAGAACUUGUUACUCAUUACUGCAUAUCUUGCUGCAACAGAGAGCUUUUUAGCUGUCAGCACUAUUUUUAUCUUGAGACAAUCUUUCUUUUAUAACUGAAAAUGGCCUUUCUAGGCUUUCUGAUGAUUGUUAAAUUUCUAUGGUGUCACUAAAAAAUUGCAAUAGUAGUUUUCUAUGUUAGUUAUUCAAACAUAAUUCUGUUUAGUUUUGUACUGUAUUACUGAAAAUCUUUCUGUAUAAAGGUAAGAGAUUUGUCUCUUCCUUUGAAAGCUCAAUGAUACCAACUGUUCAAAAAAAAAAAAAUAUCACGGUGAUACAGGGCAUUAAGAAUUGUUGAAUUCUGUAGUUCACCUUAACACUGAGGCCUUGACAAAUCCGUACAAUUGAAAGAUUUAAUGCUUACAGAGGGCUGAGUUAGCACAGACUUGAAGGCCUGCUGGUGACUUAGGACCACUUUGACGAUGAGUGGUGCACUUUAAUGUCUGGCAGAAUUUGAUGGAGAUGCAGAAUUAUGGAAGCACUGAAGUGAUCGUCUUGGUUCUUGGGAUUCCUCAUGAUAAUGGAUUCAUCUUGCUCUUCAUGUGAAACCAGCAGUGUCUGAGAUUUGAUUGCACUGGGAGUUAGUCCGUCGUUGUUAUUUGAAUCUGGUGAGGAUUGCUGUGGGAAAACUCCUGAAGUUGUAAGUCGAGCUCAAGGCAGAUAACUAGAUCUGUCCUGUUGAUAAAUGUUUGAAAGAACAGAGCUCUUCAUUUUUCAUGACAGUCAUUAGCAAAGAAAGAUAAUAGCAGAAGAUGUGUAGGUAGAGAUCUUUUUGAGUCUGUUCUCCUUGAACCAAUAGCUGCUAAUUAUGGCAAACAUUAAUAGAGAGCUGUUUAAUCUAAAAUCAUGUUCUGGCUUUAUUGGUAGGGGAUGAUUUUAUGUAGUGUGAUUUCACUCUGUUUAUAUUAGGCAUUAACUUUUUGCCUGCUUAAAAAAGUCUGUCCCGUUUAGCACACGAGGAGAAUGAAGGAUGUGAUUUGUGAAAACUUCUGACUCAGCUGUCUAAAGUGCUUUGCCAACUCAUAUUUGCUGGAACUGCCUUGUUUUAAAUAGACAUAAUUAAAAAUGAGACUUAACCAUCCUGUCGUUAAUUGCCUACAAUACAUAAUAGACCAAGGAUCUGUGGCAUAGGUAAUGCUGGACAAUAGCAAGGAGAAAAAUGGCAACAUUUGGUUUUGUAUCCUGUUCUGUUUGUUUGUGAGAGAAAAACAUGACAGAAGUUUGAAAAAGACAAGCGUACCACAAUAGGAUAAUGCAGUAGUUUCAGUUACAACUGCGAAAAUACCAUAUUUUUUUUUUCAUUUGCUUUAUAUUACAUUCCUGACGUGUAAGUGUUGGGACUUGUGCUCUAAGAAACUGGAAAUCUGUAAUACUUCAGUUUGCUCAGUGCUGCUUUUGUAGUGAUCUGUUUUGAUUUUGUAAUUUACCAACAGCAGCUGAAUUUAGUAUUCUGUGUAUAUUACAGAGCUGAAUUAUCUAUAUAAAGUUAAUCAUUUACACAUCAGUGACUUUUGUACUGGAUAUACCUACUCUCCAUAGCAUUUUUUUAAUUUGCCUUAUUUCCUUUGAAAGAAAUUACUGAGGACCUGGAGGUCAAUCUUUUAGAAAUGGCAGAGGAAACAUUUACUGUGAGAUUUUUUGUAUGGAGAGUAAGCUGAAAUGUAGCACUGUAGAGUGUCUAAGCAGUAGAUGACGGCUUACACUUGCAGUAAUAUAGAUGUUACUUUAAGUGCUACGGUGAGCUGUAGUAGAUGAGUUAGUUUGAUGUCUUGUAUCAAGUUUUGCCAUGCACUGUCCAUACGAGUAUGUAAAGUGAUGAUAGCACAAGUUGUAUGGAAAUUUGAAAAUGGUUGAUAAUUUCUUCUUCUCACUGAUAUUCUUCAGUGUCACUAAAUGAAGGAUGCUCUUUGUUAUUAGGUUAUCUAAAGUAAAGUUUCUGAGUAGCAGUAGUCUAUUCUUCGGAGUUUAAUACCCAUAAAUCUCACAGUCAGUGGUGAGAAUUACGGACACAUUGCAGUUUUUAUAGAACUCAAGCCACUAUAAUUUAGAUUAGUUUAGGAGCUUAAGUGUUCAAGUGUGCAUAUCUGAAGUUACUGAACAGAUUGCAACCAAAGAAGUCCAUAAAAUAUCUGAAACUUGACUGCAGCUCCAGUGCUUGGGAUGGUCCAGAGGCUUUACUCAUAAAGUAUGUGACUUUUGUUUUAAAUGUGGUGUAACAAUAAGAUCUUAAAGAUCUUCAUACCAAAAGAAUCUAUUUUAUAUGGUAUUGCAAAUAAAGACAAGUUAAAUUUCUUUUCUUCAAGCAGUUUUAUUGACAGUGGGGAAAAUUUCACAUGCAUUACACACUGUAAAGCUAUCUAAAGUUUUUGUCUUCAGCAAGAUUUUUAAGUUGUAGAAGAAAGGUUGAUGUACCUGAAUAUGUUCAGGAGCCAGUGAGGUUGUGUGCUAUGUUGUUUGUUUUUUUUUUUGGCCAUGACUACUUCUUUCACAAUUCUUUUUUCUUUUCUUUCAUUGUUCUCAAGUUCUCAAUUUUUCCUUUCUUGUUCAGUGUUCGCAAUGGUUUGUGUUUUGAAGGUUUUUAGUAUGACUGUAAUUGAGUAUAGUUGCACUCUAGUGUGACAUUGUUAAUAGUAUAAAUGGAAUUGUACAGAGUCUGUGUUCAAUUAAAUUAUUGGCACAUGUAACAAUUGUUUACAAAUAAACUGUGGCAUAGGUCAAACCAUGUGCAGAAACCUUUGCAUGCAGCGGUAGUUUUCUUCUUGGGCAUGGCACUAAAAUGUUGCUUUGUCGCUGUAGUGCUCAAGAUUACUAAAUGUCAUCAAAGUAUCUUUUCCCCAUAGGCAUGCAAUUCUGCCAAGAUGCCAUUUUAUCAAGGGAAUCCUCUUAUUUUUUUUGUAGUCAUCUCCAUACAAUGUGCUUAAUGUCUAAGAAGAAGGGAAAGCACCAGAGAAUGAUGUGUGCUUAGUCAUUCAGCCACAAUUUAAACCUGUAGGGUUUGACACUGGAUGUUUGCAGGCACUUGUGCAUGUGAUGUCUUGUCCAUUUCAUUGGACUAAAGAUGUUUUUGACUGUAAGCUUGGAAGAAAUGAGACCAAAAUUGUCAUUUGUUUGUGUCUUUAAAGUAACCCAGGCCCAGGAUUCAUCUUAGCAGAAGUUCAUCUAACUGCAGAGACGAUGACUGAUAGCAAUAAAAAGAAAUAAUGCAGACCUAGAUGGUCACAAAAACCUAAUGACCUCCUUGGUAUAAACCUUAAUUUAUUCUAUAUGUACUAUUUAUUCUGCACAUAAUAUGUAACUAUAUGCUUUUCCCCACCCCCAGUCCUUUUAAUCCACUUGAAUACUCCUAAUGUAUGCCUCUAGUUUUGUCAUUGUCAUAGAACUUUAAGCUCCUCUUGGACCGUAGAUGAAAUGUAUCUGGUUUUAUUGUUCAGCCCAUAAAGCUAAUAAUCUUCCCCUGGAACAAAGCCAAGCAUUUUUAAUGCUUCUUUAAGAAGGCUUUUGGUGACUUUGAUAUCAAGAUCACUUGCUUAGAAGCUAUUUGGUACAAGAUGCCUUUUGGAGAUGGGCCUCCUGGUAAGCUGGGACUGGGCAGGCUUUAGGAACUGAGCUGAGCUUGAAGACCUCAAGUACUUCGGUGGCUACAAUGAGGUACUCAGCUCAUGGUUCUGUCUUGUAUGUGAAGAGCUAAAUGGUCUUGCAUGUUGUGCAUGGGUCAUGCAAACUUGCAUUGCUGUCUUCAGUAAAGGAGGCUUUAGGGAAGCAGAUAGCUCCUUGUAUCCUUGAUUCUGAUCUAGUUGAAGAUGUCCCUGCUCAUUGUGGGGAGGGUUGAAUGAGACGAACUUUCCAGCCCAAACUGUUCUAUAAUUCUUUUGCUAAGUGAUUCUACACAGCUUCACAACAGUGAAUGAGAAGUAUCACUACGCAAAUAAGAUGAUGGAGGCAUUGGUUUAUGACAGCUUUAAUGAAUACUUACCUUGGAUUUCUGCAAAUUAAUGGAGUUAUUUGUUUAAUUGUUGUCUCUUUUCAUUAUCGAUCUAUGUCCUGUAUCUUAAAACUUUUGCUUCCCUCCAAGCCCUCAGCCACUCAAAAAACUGCUGCUACAAGUCCAAGCAGAACUGUAAGAGAACCUCAAAAUAGGUGCACAGGUGACCUGUGUUUUGUCCUGCUAUCUUUCUGCACCACUGCAAUGUAAUUUCUUACAGUUGCUUAUUUGGUUUUUAUUUGUUGUUAUUGGCAGCCAGCAUGGCUUCACCAGAGACAAGUCCUGUCUGACCAACCUAUGAUGGGGUAACCCAUGCAGUGGACAUGGAAACCCAAUGAAUGUGUUCUAUCUGGACUUCUGUAAAGACUUUGACACGGUCCCCGACAACAUCCUUCUCUCUAAAUUGGAGACGCAUGGAUUUGAUGGGUGGACUGUUCAGUAGAUAAGAAAUUGUCAUAUUCAGAGAGUAGUGGUCAGUGGCUUGAAGUCCAGAUAGAGAUCCGUGACAAGUAGUGUCCCUCAGGGGUCCGUGCUGGGACUGGUGCUGUUUAAUAUCUUCAUCAAUGAUACUGACAGCGAGAUUGAGUGCACCCUCAGCAAGUUUGCAGAUGACACCAAGCUGAGUGGUGUACUUGCCACACUGGAAGUAACAUAAUCUAGAGGGACCUGGACAGGCUGGAGAAGUGGGCCUGUGCGAGCCUCAUGAGGUUCAACAAGGCCAAGUGCAAGGUCCUGCACCUGGGUCAGGGUAGUCCCCGAUUUCAACACCGGAUGGGGGAUGAUGUGUUUGAGAGCAGCCCUGCAGAGAAGGACUUGGGGGUGCUGGGUGACGAGAAGCUCGACAUGAGCUGGCAGUGUGCGCUUGCAGCCCAGAAGGCCAACCACAUCUUAGGCCGCAUCAAAAGAAGCAUGGCCACCCAGUUGAGGGAGGUGAUUCUUCCCCUCUAUUCCUCUCUUGUGAAACUUCAUCUGGAGUACUGUGUCCAGUUCUGGAAUGCCCAACGUAAGAAGGAUACAGAACUGCUGGAACAGGUCCAGAGGAGGGCUACAAAGAUGAUUAGAGGGCUGGAGCACCUCCUACGUGAGGACAGGCUGAGAGUUGGGCUUGUUCAGCCUGGAGAAGAGAAGGCUCUGAGGAGACCUUAUAGCGACAUUCCAGUACCUGAAGGGGGCCUACAGGAAAGCUGGAGAGGGGCUAUUCAUAAAGGCUUGUAUAGAUAGGACUAGGACCAAUGGGUAUAAAAUGGAAAGCAGCAGAUUUAGACUAGCUAUAAGGAGAAAUUUCUUCAUGAUGUGAGUGGUGAGGCACUGGAACAAGCUGCCCAGGGAAGCUGUGGAUGCCACAUCCUUGGAGGAGUUCAAGGCCUGAUUGGAUGGGGCCUUGGGCAGCCUGAUCUGGUGGGAUUGUCCCAGCCCAUGGCAGGGGGUUUGGAACUGGAUGAUCUUUAAGGUCCCUUCCAACCCAAACUAUUCUAUGAAGGAUGUACAGAUAAGGUCUUUUUGCAAUUAAGACCGUUAAUUACUCGAGCAGGCUGCCCAGAGAUGGUGUGCAGCCUCCAUCCAUGGAGAUAUUCGAAAACAGACUGAAUAAAGCUCUGAGCAACAUUACGUGAUCUCAUGGCUGUCUUUGCUGUGAGCAGGAGUUUGGACUACAGACCACCUAAGGUCCCCUUCAACCUACAUUGUUCAGUGUUUCUGGUUGCAGAAAAUCACUUCAUGUAUUUUAUAAUUGUUUUUCAGUAGGGUGGGGUUGAACACAAACCAAAAUUGAUAUUGUGGGUUUGGAGAACAUUAUCAUAGCAGAACAUUCAGCCAGUAAUACAGCACAACAGGUUUUUGUAGAAGUAUAUAGUUUUUCAUUAUCAAACUACCAGCAUUAGACCAGUUGUUUGAAUGUGGUUUUUGUGUGGUCCCAGGUGCUUUGUGGAAGCAAUUCAGCCAGUGACAAGAAAACCUAAUGGCAACAAGACUGAAUAGCGCUAGAGUCCAGGAGAGGAGCAAAAUGCCAAGGACUGAGACCUUGGAGGAGGAGGUGGUUGGAGAUGGGGGUCGUCAAAUGCUACAGAGUAGGAGAUUGAUGCUGCUCAUAAUGGUAGCAAGGAGGUGUGUGGGCAACAGCAACCUGAAAGUUGUCCAACAGUGCAAGUUCUGUUGCUGAGAAACUCACGACACUGCUUCAGCUGUGGCUGUCUAGCAGUAGGUCAAUACAGGAAGGAUUUUGGGUGGUUACUGGGCAGCUAACCUGACUUCCUAACCUUGGAAGUGGCUGCUUUUUUAUUGACUUUUCUGUCCUAUUGUAUUUGUUUGGGGUUUUUUUAACCCUUGCAGAAGAGGGAAAUACUAAUGAACUGGCUGCAUCCUUUAUUUCUAAAUGUGAUGUACCUUUAAGAAGCAUCCCAGCUGAAAAAAAACACCGAGAGAAACUGAAGAGAUCUGUUGUAAGGCUUGCGUAUGUUGUUCUGUUGUCUUCUGAACUGCUUCUGUGUAUUAUGAAUCAAUGAUAAUGCUACUUGAGAACAAUGGCUUCUGUGUUUGUCUUGUUUUAACCUAUCUGCCAUUUUCUUUGUAAAUGAAAAGCGUUUAAUUAUUCUAUGGUUUUACUGUCACAGGACUUGAACUUGUUAUUUGUGGGCUGUGGCUUUUGCUUGCUUUCCUUUUAUAGACAGCAAAUCUGUCAUGUCUUCUGUAAUGCCCAUUUUCUUUUUGAUGUUCUGUUUCUUAUGGGUUUUUGUGCUGCAGUCUCAGCUUUUUACCUGCAGUUACCCUACACAUCCCUCUUUGCCACCAUACACUGUGCUUGUUAUGCACAUGCAGAAUGUAACCUUGAAUCUUUGCUUGUCUUUCUUGUUAUUUAUAAUAUUCAUGUGGGUUUUUUUCUUUUCUAAAGUCUUUGGCAAGCUGAAAGCUUUCUUUCCUUGCAGUUAUUGCUUAAAAUCCCAUAUGGGGGUAGGAGAACCUCUGUUACUCUAUUUUCCAUUACAGUACACAGUAUAUUCCAUUCCUGGCCACAAGUCUGCUGCUUAUGUAAUCUUAUUUGAAGAAUAGCACUGCAUACGUUGAUAGCUCUAAAUUUCUGUGAGUUAUCUGGCUUUACUUUCAAGAAACUGCUGAAUUCAGACAUGAGUUCACAUUGAAUGAUUUGGUUUGGCACAACACUGCUUUGUUGUUUCUUCAGUUUUUAAGCGUGCUUCUUCUAAAGCUGCAGGACAGUCCCUGGUCCUGGGAAGAGAGAUAUUUAGAAUCAAUGGGAAGAAUUAAGUUAGUCAUCAGGAAUGAAAUGUUCCAUGUGGCAUUGAUGCUAAACUUGCAGCAAUUUUUAAGCUAUUCUGUAGUGUGCGUAGCCCAUGACAUGUAUAGCAUACAUAUUAGUCAUGAGGUUUAGCGAAUAAGUCUUGGCCUAGUGCCGUUCACUGAAAAUAGUUGUUGUGAUAGAGCACAUUCAGCUGGGGAACGGAAAUGAAAGUGAAAAGAAGCUAAUGAUAAGAAGGGUGAAAUGUAGAAAAAGUGCUGGGAGAAAAGGCGAAGCACGUGUCUGUUAUUACCUACAGAAAUGGAAAGACGCCUUUUAAUUACAAGUCCCAAAAAAUCUACUCCCAAAAAGCUGGGAAAGAAGUUAAGCACAGCAAUGAGAGGUGCCAGGGGUGUGAGCAGACUGGGAAGAAAGAAGUAGAACUAAAAUUCAGCUCUCUGAAUUCCUUCUGCAAAGAACGUGAAUUGGUCUGGAUUGUAUUAUCACCUGAUGUAUAAAAGCAAAACAUGCUUUGAAAAUGAAUGAGGUAUUACUCCAAUCUUUUCGUAAAUUAAAUCAGAUCAGUAGCUGUCAGACUGAAAUCCUGUGCUUGUUUAACUGGACUGUGCAUUGUGAAUGACAGUAGGAUUUGCCAGACUGAGGCUUCUAGACACACAAAUGUCUUGCCCUGUAGGUGUCAGCAUUUCUGUUGUUAUUGUCUUGACUUCCAGAAACAGGCAGCAUCAGGAAAAAACAGUGGAUUUGUUUUGGUUGGGUUUUUUUUAAUUUAUUAUUAGAAGUGUCACAAAAUUACAGAAUGGUUGGGGUUGGAAGGGACCUCUGGAGAUCUAGUCCAGUUCCACUGCUAAAGUAGUCCCACCAGGAACAGGUUGCACAGGAGUGCACCCACACAGGUUACACCUACUUAUUUAAGUAGGUGUUCUUUGCUAGCAAAAGCUACUGAAGUAAAGCAGUUUUAUAUAAUUAACAAGCAGAGCUCUCCUUACUGGAUAGAGAAGCUUCAGAAAAUAGACUUUGGUUAAAGUGUUACUUGCAGAAUGUCACGUAUCUGUUUAUAAAACUAUCUAAAUAAUAGGACUAAGCCUUUGGCAAAUAUUGAUACGAUGAAUGACAUCCAUCAAUUGUAAUGAACUUCUUGAUUCCAAAAGAGAUGCAGUCAUGUACAGCAAUGUUUAGGUUAAGCAUUAGCUCCAGGUUCACCAGGUUCUGACUUUUGGAGCAGAGCCAGGAACCUCUGAGAGAAGGAUUUCCUUCUCUCAAGGAAAGAUUUCCUGGAGGAUGGGAGUCCAGCUCUGGAAAGGUGGAUCCGUGCUGAGUAACUGUGUGGGACUCAAGUGUCUGAGGAGCCUGGGGAAUCUGGGUGUGAGACACCAUGGAAAUAGGAGGAGAAACAUGGUUUUAGCCUAACUCUGUUUACAUAAGUUGUUUUUUUUAAUAAUCAUGGUUGGAAGAAUGAGUUUGAAACGCUUUUUAAUGCAUGAGUAGAAAAUCAGAAUGGAGCAUCCUUUCUUUUGGACCUGGUACACCCUGAAGUGCCCGGCAAGUCUGACAGGGCUAGUGUAGCCAUUUGAUUUGGAAAUAAAUUGAGAUUAGUACUCGGAAGACAGCUGAAGCUCAGUUUUGUGGUAUUCCUUUUAGUCUGGAGAAGAGGAGUUGGGGAGGAACCUUAUUGCUCUCUACAGCUGUCUGAGAGGAGGUUGUGGGAAGGUGGGUAUUGAUCUCUUCUCCCAAGUAACUAGCAACAGGGUGAGAGGAAAUGAACUCAAGUUGUGCUGGGGAGGUUUAGAUUGGAUAUUAAGAAAAAUUUCUUCGCCAGAAGGCUUGUCAAGCAUUGGAACAGGCUGCCCAGGGAAGUGGUGGAGUUACCAUCCCUGGAGAUAUUUAAAAGAUGUGUAGAUGUGCUUAGGGACAUGGUUUAGUGGUGAACUUGGCAGUGUUGGGUUUACAGUUGGAUUUGGUGUUCUUAAAGGUCUUUUCCAACCAAACAAUUCUGUGAUGUGUUCUAUGAUCUUGCACUUCUCACUCUACAUUGAACCUGGAUGUCAAUUUUUCUAGGCUGUCUCUCUAUUUCUGAUCCUGUGAAUUAGUAAAGAGAGUGGUUUUCCUUGGCACUCGCUUCCAAGGCAGUCUGGUAAAGUAUUAUUAGCUGAAUUUCUAUAUGACAGUUUCUAAAAUAUUAAUUUCUUUGGCUAACAAAUCUGAUUAUGUUGACACGUGUUCUUCAUGAGACCAACAUUUCUUGUCCUCUUCCUAUGAACUGAUUUUAUAGCUGUAGAGAAUAUCUCCUGAGGGGACCAAAAAGAUGUCAGAGAUGAAACAGAAGUUUUACCCAUGGUAACACACGUGUGAUAAUACUUCAAAGAGGGUAGGAGAUAAUGCAUUUUCAUUUCUACUCUUCAGAGUGGAGGCAUCUCAAAUCCACUAUUAAACAGAUGGCAGGAUCUAUAAUUGAAGAGUUCUUAAUGUUUGUCUUCAGGCUAGCUAUACAGGAGUGAAAGCACCAUGGGGUGCAAGUGAAACAAGAUAAAAUAAAAUAGAGCCAUUUCCUCUGGACAAGGGGGUCUGAAGAUUAUUUUUUUACUUGAGUUCAUGCAGUGAAAUAAUGAUUUUGUCUGUGUCAAGCCCGCAGACUGAGUUGAUGGAGCCAGUCGCUCCUAGGGACAUUGCUGAGCUUGUUUUAAGUAAGGUGAGAUGGUUGAAGGCAGCUGGACCUGUGCAAAGCCAGCACCAGCAGAGAGCCUGGCCUUGGCUACAUAAUGUGCCCAUGAGGGUGCAUAAAUACAUGGACUGUAUGAGUCAGCUUCUGCUUAUGGGAACUGAUGGAAGACAGUGAGGGGUCGAUCAGCUUGUUGCACAGGAGACACCUGUGUGAAGCUCCACACGGACACUUUCUCUGAACUCUAGACCAGCGAAAUUGGAACUGAUUGGGAACCUUUUAUGAGCAAUCCUGGUGUAGAAAGUGUUGAUUUACUGAAGGGAAACUUCAUAAUCCUGAGGUCAUGUGUGUGAUGGACUUAUUUUGCCUGCAGCAGAGAAAUGUCUGUAGGUGCGUAAUCCCUGCUCUGAACCAUGUGUGCCAUUACUCCAAAGCAGUAUGCUCUUCUUUGCUGGAACCAGUAUAGUUUAUAUAAAUAGCUGCAUAUUAUGGAAAGAAACUCUGUAGGCCACAGUCAGAAAAAAAAAAUCAACAUCGUAUGUAGAAGAACUGUUUAUAGUCUUUGCUCAGAGAUAUGCAGAACAGCUGUUUCACUUAUUAAGGGAAAAAUCUCGGUACUGCUUUCUUAGGAUGCAGAACAUAAACUGUGAUGAAACUUAGGAUGCAGACUUUUUACAUUAACUGUUUUUUAACUCCCAGUGAGUGGUACUACUGUCCCACUGAUACUGAAAAGGUACCAAUUGCUGCUUGACAGUUUUUUAAGAGGAUGCAAACAGAAAGCAGGACUUCUCCAAUCCAACAGAGAGCAGUCUUGCAUUAAAAAAAUGAGACUACUGCAGAAAAGUGCUGUUGUCUGCUCCUCCCAGGUUAGGAGUGAGAGCAGCUACCCAGAAGCUCUUGAUUUUAGAAAACGUUCUUUUCUUUUUCAAAACAGUCCCUUUCUUCUCCUGUCCCUACCCCUGGCUGCAUCUCCAUUCGCAGGGAGUGGAUGAGCUUGUUGUGAAGCUGUUAAGUUUCUGAGAGCAGCCUCUGGCUUGGCUUCUUAAUUUUACUUUGUCUUUGCAAGUACUACACUGCAGACGGGGCUUCUCCCUGUGUGCCAGUGCUGUGCCUGCAGCAGUGGUCCCUAGCCGUCCACUGGGGAGAAUGGGAGGUAUCAGUGUGGUGUGCCUGGCAGCCUGUGAGCUUCUCCACCUGGCAGUUUGCCUUCUCUCAAAGAUGAUGGUUUGUACUGCUCAAACGUCCCACUUGACAACCUCUGUAUGUGCUUGCUUGCAGCUGGUAUGCAUACAUCCACAUGGCAAAGAUCAUCACUCCCCUUGUGCCUAAAAGGGAUUGCCCAACCUCUUCAGCAGCGUGGCCCAAGAAGACAUCCCUAAAAGCAGCUUUGUAGAAUCAUAGAAUAGUUUGGGUUGGAAGGGACCUUAAAGAUCAUCUAAUUCCAACCCUCCUGCCAUGGGCAGGGACAACCCCUAGAUCAGGCUGCCCAAGGCCCCAUCCAACCUGGCCUUGAACAUCUCCAGGGAUGGGGCAGCCACAGCUUCCCUGGGCACCUGUUCCAGUGCCUCAUCACUCUCAUGGUGAAGAAAUUCUUCCUAAUGUCUAGCCUAAAUCUGUCCCGCUCCAGUUUAUACCCAUUGCCUCUAGUCCUAUCACUACAAGCCUUUGUGAACAGUCCCUCCUCAGCUUUCUUGUAGCCCCCUUCAGGUACUGGAAAGUUGCUAUAAGGUCUUCUCAGAGCUCUCUUUUCUUCAGGCUGAACAAGCCCAACUCUCUCAACCUGUCCUUGUAUGGGAGGUGCUACAGCCCUCUGAUCAUCUUUGUAGCCUCCUCUGGACCCGUUCCAGCAGUUCGUCCCUGUGUCCUACCCAUUUGGACUAUCUCCUAGCCAAACAAGACAGGAUUCCCCGCUCCUUUCUCAGUGGGCUGGCUUGUUGCAAACCCAAGCUGGUGGCAUGGUGUGAUGGAUUAUUUUAUUUGUAGACAGGUAUCCCCUGGGGUCUGGGUUAUGCUUUGUUUUCUUCUGGGCUAAGUGUCAGACAGACAGUCAGGCAGUAUUUUGUGGGUGGAGAGAAGGGGAGAGAGGAAGAAAUGGUUCUUCGCAUGUAAAUCUUAGACCUUAAGAAAAAGAACUCUAAGUAUAUUAAAUGCUCUUAAUAGAUUUCCAUUUGCUUGAGUACAGAGGAGCUCAGGUGGAUUUCUUAAAAUAGUUAUAUGAUCAGUUUAGUUUGAUUACACACAAUGUGGUCCGUGAUGGAAAAAUUCUCCCCUUCUGAGAUCAAUUAGUCUGUGCUGAGAUCAAUUAGCAGUCCUGGUGAGAUGAUCCAAGGGAAGAGUCUGAUGUUUGGGUACCUUUGAGCUCUUAGCAGGGCUGCAGAAGAAGGGUAGAAAUAGAUGGUGCCAGGCAACUGAGGGGGCUCACAGCAAUUUUAUUACUGUUGCAUUCCCAUGCUGGGACUGCUGGGCCAGGAUUGCUUUUGCAGAUCUUUCCACUCAAUUUCCUAUUUCCUCUGGAGCUGCUGUCAAACCCAUAACUUGCUCCCUGUUGCUGUUUCAGCAUGCAGAAGUCUUUGGAAAGGGUUUUACCCAUGACAAAGACACGCUAUCUGUCAACUGAGGCUCCUGCCUGUACCUCGCUGUACACCUCCCCUUCCCACCCACAUCAUCUUUAACCAUGCUGGAUGAAAAGAAAUGGAACACAUCCCAAACUGCUUCUGAACAUCUCAUAUUGCUUCAGAAAGGUCUGUGCAGGGAUCUGGGGGUGAAUGGGACAUCUUGGUCACUGGGCAACCAUGGCCGAUGGGUAUUUUAAUAAGCAGCAGAGGGGUCUCUGGUAAAGCUGUACUGUCUCUGUAAGAAGAAAUGGUGUCUCCUGAAGGUAUACGCUGAUAACUGAGUCUGAAAUGCAAACACUGCAUUUGGAAGGAUUGCUCCAUGUAUGAGAAAAAUUAAGAAGCAGAAGCCUUUCAAAGUGUUAGAAGAACUGGAGGGUUACACAUGGGGAAAAAAAUGCAGCAAGAUCUUUUAAUGCUGUAGACUCCUUUUAACUGUUAUGUUGUGUUUAUGUCAC